CUCGGCUCACUGCGGACUGAUCUCAGAUCCAAACGCAGCCCAGUUCUGGGUCCCCCCUCUUCUCUAAGCCAGCUGGUCUGGCUUAAAGUCACUUCUACUUUCAUUUUCUUUAUUAUUUUUUAAUCCUUUCUUGUUUGAUACAAGGGAUCGACUGAGCGACACCCACAGCUGGAGCUGCUGGGGAACCUUCCAGGUGAAGACAGAACUAAAAAGCACCGGUGCUUUGCUGACCAGCCUGAGGAGCGCGUGCUCACCGAUGGACUGAACCGCUGGACGGAGACACCCACGAGAGGAAGUCAACGAGCGCAGAGGAGCCAGCAGUUUGGGACUGAAAGCUGAAAAACUGUGAGGACCCGAAAGUCAAUCAAGGAAAGAGUGAAAGACGACGUUUGUGACGAAAAGAGGGAAAAAGAAAUCAAAUAAAAGCCGAGAUGGGGAGGAAAAAGAUCCAGAUAGCGCGGAUCAUGGACGAACGGAACAGACAUGUGACAUUCACGAAGCGCAAGUUUGGUCUGAUGAAGAAGGCGUACGAGCUGAGCGUGCUGUGCGACUGCGAGAUCGCCCUCAUCAUCUUCAACAGCACCAACAAGCUGUUUCAGUACGCCAGCACCGACAUGGACAAGGUUCUGCUCAAAUACACCGAAUACAACGAGCCCCACGAGAGCAGGACCAACUCCGACAUCGUGGAUACGCUGCGUAAGAAAGGAUUAAACGGCUGCGACAGCCCCGACAUCGAGGCCGACGACUCUGCAGGCCAGAGCCCAGAGUCCGACGACAAGUAUCGCAAAAUCAACGAAGACAUCGACCUGAUGAUCAACAGACAGAGAAUCUGUCAGGGUGUGCCUCCAUCCAACUACGACAUGGGAGCGUCCAUCCCGGCCACUAACCCCGGCAGUCUGCUGUACUCCCACCCCGGGAUAGGCUGCGGCAUCGGUAACCACAACCUGCUGCCCAUCUCACACACACACCUGCAGAGAAACAGCAUGUCACCUCAACGGGCCCCGAGCCCCGGAAACACAGGACUGAUGGGCUCAGAGCUGCCGAGCACCGUGGUCUCCACCGUGGGAAACGCCAGCUACACGAACCACUGCACCUCCCCCGGGCUGCUGUCUCCAGGAGGAGUUAACAAGAACAUGCAGGAGAAGAGUCCCCCGAUGAGCAUGAGCCGUAAGCCCGACCUCCGGACGCUGAUGCCGCCCUCCAACAAGUGCAACAACAUGCCGACCAUCAACCAGAGGAUAAAUCACUCUCAGAGCGCUCAGACGCUGUCCACUCCCGCUGUCUCCAUCGCCGCUCAGACUCUCCCUGGACAGGGGAUGGGCGGGUAUCCGUCCACGCUCGCCUCGUCUUACGGCACAGAGUUCUCCCUCAGCGACAUGUCCUCCCUGUCCGGGUUUGGAGCUUCUGGUCUCGGGUCGGUGACGAACUGGCAGCAACAGCAGAUCCAGAACCUGCAGCACUCAGCGCUCGGACACAUGGGGAACUUGUGUCAGAACACGAACCUGAACCACCUCUCCGGCAACCAGCACCUGCACAUCAAGUCCGAGCCGGCCUCCCCUCCCAGAGACCGGAGCGUCGGCAUGAUUGGGCUCGGAGGAGGCGUGACCACGGCCGGAUACUCCACCGCCGGGGGCCGGGGGCCCAACGAGCCGGGCCGCUCCCCCGCCGACAGCGCGUCCAGCUGCGGCAGCUCGUACGAAGGCAGCGAGGAGCGCGAGGAUCACCUCGGCAACGACAACUUCCUCCUCCGGCCUCUGUCCAGUCAGGAGGAGCACCACAGCCCGUCAGUCAAACGGAUGAGGCUAUCAGAGGGGUGGGCGACAUGAUGCGAGCCGGCGAGCUGCCAGAGGGGACGGGGUGUUCGUAAAGUUACCUUAUAGUGUUAUUAUUAUUAUUAUUAUUAUUAUUAUUAUUAUUAUAUUCUUCUUGUUCGGAGUGCGUGUGCUACAUGUGUAACGGUAACGUGUACGCGUCAGAUCACACAGAGAUUUAUCAAACUUCUAACAGUCACACUAAAUGAACGCUCUGAGCACGAGCAGAGUUUGAUAUUUAAAAAAACAAAACAUGCAGGGCUCUAAUUUAAAAAUAUGGAUCAACCCAAAGUCUGUCACACAAAAACACAGCGAGAUGUUACAACGGCGUCCCAAAAACUGGAUGUAGUACGUACGUGACGGAGAGCCGAUCACGGAGACGUUACAUCCACCACAUCUCAACUUCAGUCCGAUCAAAUCUGGUUAAAUUUGGUUAUUUCGCUCGUGUACGGCGACUUCUGGAGCCGCAGCCGGCUCGUCCCCGUCGGGGUUGUGAUCAGAUUGUUGGUUAGUGAGGUUUUAACAAUGAAUUGUUUUGUUGUUACUUAAAUUUGACUCAUCACUGGUGAAAGACUGUUACUGUGAUGUAAUUACGAGAGAUAUGUAACCACCCAGAGUUUCCUCAGUCGCCUGUCUUCGUUAGAGCCCUGACAUGGUUUGAAUCAUAUUUAUAUCUUCUGAUGAAUCGCGUGUGGUCGGCGUACACGUACUGCUUGUUUUGUGUGUGCGUGUGUGUUUGGGGGGGUUAUAGGUAAAUAACAAACAUGUUACAUGCACAUGGACGCGUGUGCACGUGUAUGCAAACUAACAACAAAGUGAAGAAGUCUGGUACUCUGAAGCUACUGCUGAGUUCAAGAACACGUGGAGCCGUGAGGGCAGCGCGAUCAGGCGUGACGCGCUCAGCCCGGCGCGCCGUGUUGCAGGUUCAACAUAGUUUAUAGCGCACAUUAAAACACAUAAAGCACAUUUAAAUACGGAAGGUAAAGAGUGGCAAAUAAACGGGUAGAAAGACGGAGGAAGUUCAGGAAGAGGAAGAGAAAUGUAGAGCGAGAGAGAAAAGAGAGACGAGAGGUGACGAGGAGGUUUUCAUGCGAGAGACGAGAAAGUUAUUUGCAACAGGUUGCAGAAAAAAAAAAAAGCUUUGGACAAUUUUCACUUGACGUGAAGCUUUUUGAGAGUUAUCGAAUUAUUUUCAGAGCUGUUAGAAAUAAAAUGUGAUUUUUUUUUUUCAGUCCACAAACACCAAAACUAUGGAAGCAAAGAAAGGCGAGAGAGCUCAGUCCAUUUUUAUGUUACUGAAUAACACACAGGUGAACACUAUUUAUUUACGCUCUCAGAAUAUUCAAAUUAUUAAAGAUAUAUUUACUGACUGAUUUAUCUAAACAAAGACGUCUCCUAAAAACUAAAAACUGAAGCGACACGCGUUUAGUGAUUGAGACAAAAGAUUACGGAAGCGUAAUGUUGCCACGCCAGACAAACAAACAACGUUAAAACACGAGAGAAGUUUCACGUCAUGAAAAAAUAUAAAAGGUGUGGCUGCAUUAUGCUUCCGUAAAAAGACAAAUUUGAACAGCGUCAAUGUUAAAAAGAAUCAUGGACGACAUAAAUGUUUUAAUUCAUUUUAAAAAAGCAGCUGGAUUUGAAGCAUUUUGAUGUUUUUUCAAAUCAAAAUGAAACUGAAAUCCAAACUUAAAUAUCACGUACAAGGAAUUUGUCUUGGUGUUUUUUUUUUUGGGUCAUAACAAACAUUGAGCAAAAUAAAUUUAAACAAAAUACGGAAGAUAAAAACAAUCUAAAUAUAUGUAGAAUGUGUUUUUAGGGCUGUAGCAGAGCAGAGGAAGUGAAAGGUGAGCGUCAAUGUAACGUCGUAGUUUUCUUCUUCUGUCUGAUUUUGGCUUUUCUUUGCUUCCAUACUUUUCCCUUCAGACAAACGUCAGACUCUAAAUAAAUAAACGUAUUCACGCAGGAGCCGAUAGCUUAGCAGGAGUUAAGCAGAGUGACUAAUAUCCGACAGACCGCGAUGCUUCUGCUGCACAAAGUUUAUAGUGUUAUGUUUUUUUUUUUUUAUUCCUUUAUUAUAUCAAAUUGAUAUUCUCGGCGUCUGCAGCUCGAUUCAAUCAGACAAAACAGGAAUUUAAAGGUGCACGACGUUUUCUGUCAGAACUUUCAGGGAGAUUUUUAAUCCGAUGGAGAAUCAAAAGUUGAGCUGGUGUCGGACUCGAUCUGCUGUUUCCAACAUGUCGGAGCUUUUACAGCGGUGGAAGGAGUACUCGGAUACUCGAUGUGCAUCGAUUUUAGAGCAGCAGUUAAAUCAGAAAUAUAGAAAUGUUACAUGAGUCCAGUUUAGUCUCCAGAUAAAAGUCCUGAUAGAGAAAAUGAUCUUUAUUUUUAUGGUUUAUUUUCUUUGUUGUGUAAUUUUACACCUUUGAGCCUCAAACAGUCUGUGAAUCAGUCUUUAUUAAAGUUCUGCUCGUUUUCUUCGGAGUCUGAUGUUUCAUAAAUAUUCCCUGAAGUCGAGCAGCAGACGUUAAAGGUCCAGUGUCGAAACGAUAAAACACAAAGUUCCGGUUCCGUUAAGUCUUUCCACCGCUGUAACUCGACGUCGUACCUCGACACUCCGAGUCGCUGACAGCUUUUAUUUUGUGUUUCAGAGACGGAGCGGCGGCUGAGGGUUGUUCACAUUUUGAAUAUUUUGGUUUAAAAACUGUAUAUUUGGAGCUCCGCCCUUCAGCCGCACUCCUCCGUGUCCGCUCGCGCCCCGUUUUAAAAAUCCCGUGUAGCUCUUCAUGUUGAAUCAAAUAAGACGGGCAGAGCCCAACGUGUGUUUUCAGGUCGCCUCCUGCUCACACACUUCCUGCCUCCGCCCAACUCGACGCCGACGGAGCCGAAGGGAUGGGAGAGCCGGGAGCUCGACGUCCUUCAGGCUUCAGGCGGAGUCCACCGCGUGCAGAGAUGUGGUGGAGCUGGAAGGCGGAGUGUAAACUAACCAAAGUGUGAAAUACUCUUUUAUUUGUGUUGUUGGUUUGAUUCUUAGUAACUGCCUGGACUUUGUACCUCGGACGCUCCGAUCAGACGAUCUCCUCUGUGCCGUUUCCCCGUCAUGCUUCUAAUAUACGAAGAGAUCGUUAGCGGCAUAAGCUGGCCUUUGUCGCCACUCGGGACACGAAACUAAAGUGCACCUGUGUUGUCGCGGUCGGAGAUCGUGUACAGAGAUUCCCUCACGCAGAAAUGUGGUAGUAUUUGUAUUUUGCAGAAAAAUAUACAGAAAUAUACAAAAUAUACAGGCUCUGUUACAAACGAGUGUGUGUGCUGUGUCGUCUUUGAUUCUCCUUUUAUUUAUUUCACAUCGACAGACAAACUGAUGAGCAAACCGUGACAUGAAAACUCUCCCAACCCAAAACAGUGAACAGGAGUAAGAAUUACUGAAAUGAAUCCGACCUGUGGCAGUUUCUGGAAUUUUCUGGAAACUUUCCAUGUGAAGUUAAGCUCGGGAAUUUUGGGAAUAUUCCAAAUUUGAAACUCCUGAAUCUGAAUUUCUGUGAUUUAACUGUAAACUUUAAACAAACUGCGUCACAUCCAAACAUGAACAUGGAAAAUAAAACAAUUAAAAAACAUUUCAGCAGCA